AUAAUUAUAUUGGUUGACCGGAUUUAUAUGCGCGUGAUCAGUGUUUGAACUCUUGUCUAAGCUUCCUUCUAAGCUCUCAUGGGUCUGCAACCAUCCCACUCUUCUUCUUCCUUUUCCUGGCAUUGGGAAUACGAUGUGUUCCUCAACUUCAGAGGCCCUGACACUCGCUACGGUUUCACAGGCUAUCUCUACAAAGCUCUCUGUGACAAGGGAAUUCGUGCCUUCAUGGAUUUUGGCGAUAUUCACAGAGGGAAUGAAAUCUCCGCAUCUCUUAUGAAGGCAAUUGAAGCGUCCAGGAUUGCGAUUCUUGUGUUCUCUAAGAACUAUGCUGAAUCUUCUUAUUGCCUAAACGAACUAGUGAAGAUCAUGGAGUGCUCUCAGCGUCAUGGCCAGUUUGUUUUGCCAGUGUUUUACGGCAUCGAUCCUAGCGUCGUGCGGCAUCAGAAAGGUAUUUACGAGGAGGCACUGGCUAAGACUGGAAGGACGUUUGAGCAUGCCAUGGACAGAGUGCAAAGAUGGAGGACUGCCAUGGCUGACGCAGCUAACUUGUCUGGCUUGCAUUUUAAAGGGGAUGGAUACGGAUAUGAAUUUGUUGAGAAAAUUGUUGAACAAGUGUCAAGGGUGAUUAAACGUGUUGGUGAUUAUCCAAUUGAACUGGAGUCCCAAGAACAAGCUUCCUACUCCUCUUUGGCUCCUUCCUCGAGCAAUGGAUGGAAAUACGAUGUGUUCCUCAGCUUCAGAGGUACUGAUACUCGAUUUGGUUUCACUGGCAAUCUCUACAAUGUUCUUUGUGGCAAGGGAAUCCACACCUUCAUGGAUGAUGAGGCUCUUCAUAGAGGGAAUGAAAUCUCAGGAACACUUGACAAGGCAAUUGAAGGGUCCAAGAUUGCUAUACUUGUGUUCUCGAAGAACUAUGCUUAUUCUUCUUAUUGCUUAGAUGAACUUGUUAAGAUCAUGAAGUGCUCUCAAUCUCAUUCCCAGUGUGUUUUGCCGGUUUUUUAUAACGUGGAUCCUCCUCACGUUCGACAUCAGCAUGGUAGUUAUGAGGAAGCACUGGCUAAGCAUGAGGAGAGGUUCAGUGAUGUAGCACCAAUAUGGAGAGCCGCUCUUCGUGACGCAGCCAACUUAUCCGGCUUGCAUUACAAAGGGGAUGAAUUUGAGUACGAAUUUAUUGAAAAGAUCACUAAACAGGUGUUAGCAAUUAUUAAAGAGGACAUGUUACCUGUUGUUGCUGAUUACCCAGUGAGACCAGAGUCCCAAGUGCAAGCUUCCUUUGAUUCAGCAUCAACUUUUUCUGUCUCAAGGCAAUACCAAUAUCAUGUGUUUCUCAGCUUCAGAGGCUGUGAUACUCGCUAUUGUUUCACUGGCAGUCUCUUCAAAGCUCUCCGCGACAACAAAAUCCACACCUUCAUGGAUGAUGUAGGCCUUCACAGAGGGAAUGAUAUAUCAAGAACACUUAUUCAGGCAAUUCAAGGCUCCAGGAUUGCCAUCAUUGUGUUCUCUCAGAACUAUGCUGAUUCUACUUACUGCUUGGAUGAACUUGUCAAGAUCUUGGAGUGCCAUGAGUCUGAUGACCAGUUUGUUUUGCCAGUUUUCUAUGAGGUAGAUACCAAUGAUGUGCGACGACAGACAGGUAGUUAUGGGGAAGCAAUGGCUAAACACGAGGAAAAGUUCAAGGAUGACAAAUCAAAAGUCGAAAAAUGGAAGCGUGCUUUGCAUGAAGCAGCUAACUUUACUGGCUUUUGUUUCAAAGGAAAAAAAUAUGAACAUGAGUUUAUUGCAAAGAUUGUUGGAGUGGUGUCAAAGGAGAUUAAACGUGUUGCUUUACCUGUUGCUGACUAUCCAAUUGGACUAGAGUCUCAAGUGUCGAAAGUAAAAUCGCUUAUAUUCUCUGAUGGCUAUGAUGGUGUCCACAUGAUAGGGAUUCAUGGAAAUGGUGGAUCAGGAAAAACAACAAUAGCUCAUGCAAUUUAUCAUUUGAUUGCUAAUGGUUUUGAAAGUAUAUGUUUUCUGGAAAAUGUGAGAGAAAAUUCAUAUAAGCAUGGUUUAGUACAUCUUCAAGAUAUACUUCUUUCCAACAUAUUCGAAAGGAAGAAUCUCAAAUCAACAAGCGUUGAACAAGGAAUUUCAAAUAUACAGCACUGGCUCCAACAAAAGAAGAUCCUUUUGAUUCUAGAUGAUGUUGACAAGAUAGAGCAGUUACAAGCUCUUGCUGGAAAACCUGAUUGGUUCGGCCGUGGAACUAGAGUCAUCAUUACGACACGAGACAAAGAUUUGCUAGUAUGCCAUGGCAUUCAAAGAAUAUAUCAGCUGGAGAAUUCAAAUCCGGAGUCAAAUAUCACUGCAUCUGCAAGAAAAGACAACACAGAACAAGUGGUUGAAAAAAUCACUAGUGGACAAGUCAAUGGUUCAUUAGAGCCUCCAUUUUCAGAAGAUACUAAUGUUGAUAGAAGCAAACAAGUGUCGGUUAUUCAAGCUCAAUCAAAUGCACAAGUCAUAUGUCAGUUUAAUGAAAACCAAGCAGAGUUUUGUCAUACACGUUCUCUAGAAAGAAUAGAAAGUGCCAACACUUUGAAAGUGAAGGAGGAACUUGAAGUUGUAGACUUGUCUUUGUGUGCUAAGUUGGCAUCUUUGGAGGAAAAGAAAAGAGAACUUGAAGAGCAAAUUCGUGCAGUAAAAGCUGAAAUUUCAGAUUUCAUUUUACAGCAGAGAGACAGUUGCUAAGAGAAAAAUUGACAAUGGAAAAAAGCUGAAAGGUGAAAGAUCAGAGAUGAUUUGAGGAACCUGGUGCCAAGGUUUAGUGGCACUGUGGUGUAUGUAAGUAUGUUUCAUUUCUUAUUCUUUGGACUCUGAUAUUUCUUUCUUCAAAUGAAGGCUUGGUCUAAUGAUCACAUAUGUGAUAUAUGGAAUCUGGCCUUCUAUUAUAUGUACUUGCGAUCCAUUUUACUUAGACUUUUUUUUUAACAGGGGAAUAAAUUUUUAGGUGGUUCUCUCUUGUUUAUUA